AGCGCGUCCCAAAUCCCAACUCCCCGUCCAUGCAUCCACUUCAUGGAAUAUGUCCAGCCGGUAACAGCCCGGAAUUUCAACAGCACUGACGGCCGUAAUGGUGACCCUUGAUGAGCUGGCGGACACAAGUCUGCUCCAGAAACCCUCAGCCGAGGGCUUCGGCCUCCUCGAGCGCACUGCCUCGAACUACAAGUCUCUCGACACCUUCUCUCUGCCAAAGGACCGUCAGUACCAGCAGCAGUUUGCCGACAUAUACUUUUUGCGCCUCACCAAGAUCAAGCCCGCUGUGGAGGAGGUUGCCAGUGCAGCUUGGGAGGGCACUAUCCUCGGCGGCGAGACGGCCACAAAGGUGGAUCGAGUCCUGGAUGUCCGCCAGGGUCAGCUUUGCUGGGUCGCCGGCACGGUCUACAUGGACAUGCCACUAAAGCCCAGCGUGCUUGAGGAUGUGUCCAAGGAUCGCUGGAUCUCCGCCCCUACUACCGUGGGCCACUACUACUCCGAGAAUGGGGGCGAGUCCAUCAUGCUCGAGGAUGACUCCGGCCGGAUCAGGCUUGUCGGAGCCAUCCUCAAAGAUUACUUCCUCGUCACCGGCUGCAUCAUUGCCGUGAUGGGCACCGAGAACGUGAACGGAGAGUUCGAGGUUAUCGACCUCAAGUUCGCCGAUCUCCCUCCCCAACCCGAGCGCUGGUCGCUCUCCAAGCCCUCUGCCGCCGACGGUGCCUCCAAGAAGCCCAAACUCAAAGGCGAAGACGUCGAAAUGGCCGACGUUCCCGCCGCCUCCCGCCCAUCCAAAAAGAUCGCCCUCGUCUCCGGCCUCGAAUUCUCCGGCACCGACACCUCCUACGCCAUGGAGCUCAACCUCCUCCUCGAGUUCCUCCUCGGCGAAGCACUCGACCCCAGCGCCCAAUCCGAACUCACGCACAUCUCCCGCCUCAUCAUCGCCGGCAACUCCAUCGCCAAGCCCUCCCACGACGACGCCACCACCACCGCAGCCGAGAAGAAACCCCACAAAAAAUACGGCUACGACAGCUCCUCCUACAACCCACUCCCCUCCCAACUCCUCGACACCUUCCUCUCCACCCUGCUGCCCACGCUCCCCAUCACGCUCCUGCCAGGCGAGCUCGACCCGGCCAACACAAGCUACCCGCAGCAGCCGAUCCACCCGGCCAUGUUCCCGCGCUCGCGCAGCUACACAGCCGCGCCCGUGACCGCGCCGGAGGAGGCGCAACAGCAACAACAACAGCAAAAACAACCGGGCUGGCUGGACAAUGUGACCAACCCGUGGGAGGGCGAGGUGGAGGGAUGGCGGGUGCUGGGCACGGGCGGGCAGAACCUGGACGACAUCUGCAAGUAUAUCGACAGCGACGACCGGCUGGGCAUGAUGGAGGCCAUGUGCCGGUGGCGGUGCUGCGCGCCGACGGCGCCGGACACGCUAUGGGCCUAUCCCUUCCAGGAAGACGAGCCCUUCGUCAUGAGGGAGUGUCCACACCUCUACUUCGUGGGCUGCCAGCCCGAAUUCGGGACCAAGGUCAUCGAGGGCCCGCAAGGGCAGAUGGUGCGCCUGAUCCUGGUCCCCUCGUUCGCAGCGACACGCGAGAUUGUCCUCGUGGACACCGAGACGCUGGACGUGUCAAAGGUGAAAAUUACGGCUUAAUUCCGGGGCUAGAUGAAUGAAAAGCUACCUCAGGCAGGGCGGCCGAUGCGGACCAUGACCUCCUCAGUAUUACCCUCCCCCUGAAGAUCCUCGCAAUCAUGUGCCCGUGCAUUUUGGUGGAAUAUGACUAUCCGUCCCCAAACCGCAACGCGAACGCCACCGCGAA